AUCAUUUACUCAUGUCUCUGUAAAAGUAAUCCCAUCACAUGCAUUUGAAGGACUUAGAGAUGCCUUCAUCAUUGAAAUCUCCCAGAGUGACUCCCUGGAGAGAAUAGAAGCGAGCGCAUUCGACAGCCUUCCCACUUUGUCUGAAAUAUUAAUCCUGAACAUGAAAAAUCUGUUGCACAUCGAGGAUGGAGCAUUCAGAAACCUUCCAAGGCUAAAAUACUUGAGCAUCUGUAACACUGGAAUAAGACAAUUUCCAGACCUGACACAGAUCUUCUCGUUAGAAGCUCAUUUUAUUUUGGAGCUCUGUGAUAACUUGCGUAUGACAACUAUCCCGCAGAAUGCUUUCCAGGGGAUGAGCAAUGAAUCGCUGACACUUAAAUUGUACAAAAAUGGACUUGAAGAUAUCCACAGCCAUGCCUUCAAUGGGACAAAGCUGAAUCAAUUAAUCCUCAAGGACAAUAAGAACCUCAGGCGGAUACACAACAACGCCCUGAGAGGGGCCACAGGGCCAGAUGUCCUGGAUAUUUCUUCAACGGCGCUGGAGUCCCUGCCCAGCUACGGGCUUGAGGCCAUUCAAGUCUUAAAUGCAACAUCAUCUUACUCAUUAAAGAGACUGCCACCACUGGAUAAAUUCAGCAGCCUUGUGGAAGCUGUUCUAACGUAUCCCAGCCACUGCUGUGCUUUUCGAAAUCUAAGGACAGAAAAACAGAAUUCUUUGCUUUCCAGUUUUGACAAGUUCUCCAAAGAGUGUGAAAGCACCAUGAGGAAACCAACUAAUGAAAUGUUUUACUCAGCCAUUUUCAAUGACGGCGAAAUGACCGGCUUCGACUUUGAGUAUGACUUUUGUCAGCCGAAAAUACUCACGUGCACUCCAGAACCAGAUGCAUUUAAUCCCUGUGAAGACAUCCUGGGAUACAGCUUUCUCCGAGUCCUGAUCUGGUUCAUAAACAUCCUUGCCAUUGCUGGCAAUUUCACUGUACUCCUCGUUCUCAUCACCAGCCAUUACAAGCUCACUGUUCCUCGCUUCCUCAUGUGCAACCUGUCCUUUGCUGAUUUUUGCAUGGGGCUUUAUCUGCUGCUCAUUGCCUCUGUUGAUGCCCAGACCAGCGGUCAGUACUACAACCACGCCAUAGACUGGCAAACGGGCAGGGGCUGUAGCGCUGCCGGCUUCUUCACAGUGUUUGCGAGCGAGCUCUCGGUGUACACGCUGACAGUGAUCACUAUAGAGAGGUGGCACACCAUCACCUACGCCAUGCAGCUGGACCGAAAGCUACGGCUGAGGCACGCUGUGCCCAUCAUGCUCGGCGGCUGGAUAUUCUCCAUUUUAAUAGCAGUGCUGCCCCUCUUAGGGAUCAGCAGUUACAUGAAGGUCAGCAUUUGUUUACCCAUGGAUAUUGAAACGGGUCUUUCCCAGGCUUACAUACUGCUCAUCUUAGUGCUAAAUGUCGUCGCCUUCAUUGUCAUUUGUGCUUGCUACAUUAAGAUUUACAUAGCUGUUCAGAAUCCAGAGCUGGUAGCUGCCAAUAAAGAUACCAAGGUCGCCAAGAGAAUGGCAAUACUGAUCUUCACAGAUUUUACCUGCAUGGCCCCCAUCUCCUUUUUUGCCAUAUCCGCUGCCUUUAAGGUACCUCUCAUCACAGUGACAAAUUCCAAGAUCUUGCUGGUUCUAUUUUACCCUGUCAACUCCUGUGCAAACCCAUUUCUCUACGCAAUUUUCACCAAAGCAUUUCGAAGGGAUUUCUUUCUACUGAUGAGCAAGCUUGGUUGCUGUAAGAGCCGAGCAGAGCUUUACAGAAUGAAUUACUUCUCUGCUUAUACCUCCAAAUGCCAGAACGGCGGCUCAGCCACAGCCCCCAGCAAAGCCUAACAAGCACUGCUGCUCUUGUCGACAUUAGAGAAGCCGUAUCCUGCAGCAGGGGAGAAGAUGCCUUACAAUAAAAAUUAA